CCGCAUACCAAGCCAAAAAAAAGAUCAUGGCAGCCAUGCAAAAGCGACUCGAGCGCGAAUACCACGCGAUGCGCAAAAACCCCACGUUGGCCUACCACGUGCAGCUCAAACAAGGCGAGUUCAGCGACUGGCUGGGGUCACUGCAGGGCCUCAAAAACUCGGCUUACCAGGGAGGCACCUUCAAGUUCCACCUGCACUUCACCGAGGAAUAUCCGGCCAAGCCGCCCACGCUGAGGUUCACGACGAGGAUUUACCAUCCGAAUGUGGAUGCGAGGACGGGGGCUGUGGCGUGGAGGAUGCUGGGCAGUGGGUGGCAUCAUAACAUUACGGUUGAGAAGGUCAUGAUGAGUUUGAGGACGCUGUUGGAUCAUCCCGAGUUGGAGAGUGCGGUUGAAAUGCAGAUUGCGAGAGAGUUUAUUCAGCAGCCUAAGAGAUAUGUGCAUCAUGCGAAGCAAUGGACGGAAAGGUUUGCAAAGGAAGAUGUGGUGUAAUCUGGUGGCAUGUAAAGGGGUGAGGAUUGAAGCGAAU